AUGUACUUCUCCUGGGCGGUGGACCUGGAUCCGAAGGGUGCUAAUAAUCAAAUCAAGGAAGCUGUGGACAAACGGUAUUUACCUGAGGACGAUGACAUCAGCAUUGAUGACGUAGAUUUGACAGGGGAGGUGGGGGUGGGUGAGGAGUUGAAUAAUGAAAGUAGACUGUCGGAUAAUGACGAUUUAGAAUAAAUGGAAAUAUUUGAUUAGCUGAUAUCAGGUUAUAUUGGCUGAUAAUAUCACGAAAUUAAUAAGUUUAUACAGUAGUUAACGUUUAGAGACAAGAGAGUAAUAUUGGAAUACAAAUCAUGACGGAAAAUUUGUGAUUUGAAUUGCCUGGUUAUUGGUAAAUGAUGUCCUUAUGUAUGUAUGUGUUUUUUGUAUGUUUUUUGGGUCGCGCACAGAGGUAAAUUUAAAUUGUCGUGCGUUUGCUCUGGGAAAUCGGAUCAUAUUCCAUUGAAAUAAUUUUUAAAUUAAAAAUAAUAAUGGAUAACAUCUAUUUCUAUAUAUCAUGAUUUUUUUGUUGAAUCAAUUUUUACUUCUAUGCAACUGUCUGUAUGCAAUUAAUCUGGUUGUAAUUCUAGCUAGCCAAUCGGGAUUCAUGAAAUCUGGCCAAUUAUACAGCUGAUAAACUUUAACCAAUCACGAUUGCGCAUUUCACUGUGUUCUCAGAAGUCCUUAUUUGGCUUACAAGAAAUUGUUUGGUUUGGCCUCAUUUGAGUUAUUUUUGGCUACCUUUGCAAAGGCAUCUGACCACUGAUCUGUAUCUGACUGAUCCGAAGAAUCGCGUUCCAGGUAUAUUUGAGAUCAAUACUUUGGUGGGGUAGCCGGGUUACCGCGUGCAUUCGCACGGGCACUCGUCCACGCAGGUCACGCGGAAUUUUGCCCGCAAAGUGGGUGUAGGGACCUCUGAAAAGUUCGUAAAUACGUGAACGUUCCAAGUUAACUUUGAGUCAAAAUUUCAAACCAAGAUUAAAGAUUUUCCCUAUUUUUCUCUUGUGUACGCCAAGUGGAAAUCAUUUUGAUAGAAAGAAGAGCAUCUUUGGAGGUUAGUGAACCAUAUUUCCACUAAAUAGCUGGCGAAUUUUAUACUGUUAUUGAGUAAUAUCAAAUCGCUCUAUCGUGUUUCUGAAUAUUUAUAGGUAACAAUGCUUCUUUUUAAAGGGCAUUCCUUGAGUUCAAUUGCUUGUUUAUGCGUACUAAUUUAUAGUAUUCCCACCGCCCCUUAGACUGUCAAAUAACCGUUUAAUAUUAGGUUAUAAAAGUUGUAAAAUUCUUACAAAAAGUUAAGCUUGACACGCGAUAUGACUUGCUUUGUUGGGCUUCGACGUAUAAUCGAAUAUUACCUUGACCAGUUUCGUUCUUCAAAUAUAAAUUUUAAUAUGAUGUAAAGUCAUAAAAAUAGUGUUGAACAAGUUCAUGUUUCAUUUGGCAGAUUAUUGAAUCAUUUUAUUGGCUAUUGUAUCAUGAUUUGAUUCAAAGGAUUAUUCAAUACCUAAUAUUGCGUUGUAUAUUGAGGACCAAAAUUAUUACGUAAACAUUAAUGUGGCCUGAUUUCGCCAUGUUUUAAUUGACAUUUUUAAGCUUUCUAUUGUUGUACCUGUUUUACUGCCUUGGCUGUUUUGACAAUUAUUAUUCAAGUUAGUUCACAUAAGAAAUACAACGAAAAUUUCCUGAUUUUGACACGCUAUUUACAACUGAAAUAUACUGUAGUAUAUUAUGAUCGACAAAUUACAGCAUUUCCUGAACUCUAUGGUAUUCUUCCCUAAUUAUUAAAGCAUUUCAUUUUCAUGUAUGGAUUUAAACUUUCAUGCACACCCAUAACCUAAAACCUGGUUUAGUCCACCAAAGGGCUGUUAACAAAUAGAUUUCAUCGCACAUUUACACAGUGUUCCAAAAUUGUCUUUGCCCCCUAUCGCAUUGAGGACCAGGUUUAUUUUCAUGGAAAAGACAUUUUGUCACAGUAUUUUGUAACUAUUAGUUCUACCCCAAACAAGAUUUACUGAUUAACGGUACAAAUAUUAUAAAUUUGUAUACUGACCAGAUUAGAAAGUUUACAAAAUAUGCUGGUGGCCCAGAAUUGUGUGUCCGAGAUUAUGAAAAUUUAAUAGUAAAUUCAUUGGGAAUAUCAACACUGCGCCCCAAGAUCUCUGCUGCAUGUUGCAAACUUUCCAGACUGGCUGGUGACAUUGAAUUUUGACUACCGUUUUGCACAGACAUGACACCCUCAAAAUGUUACAUGCCAAUUCUGUUUUUCAAAGUUUAACCCAUUGAGUGGCAGCACUUUCCCCCUGAUGAGUAAAAUCGUCUGGUGUUAGACAGAGUAAAAUAAUAAAGUAUGGUGCAUUGCCACUUAAAGGAUUAACAGGGUGCAUGGUCAGAUAGUCUGAUUAACCCAUUGAGUGGCAGCACUCUUCCCCUGACGAGUAAAAUCGUCUGGCGUUAGACAGAGUAAAAUAAUAAAGUAGGGCGCAUUGCCACAUAAAGGUUUAACUGUACAUACAAUUCUGUAAGGUACCCAAUAUUACACAAAAGUGUGAGUGAGCCUGUAUUGGGUGUAUGGGUGUGGUUAUGAGGUUAUGGUUAAGGGGAAAUAACCACCCACACUACUUUUUAAUCUUCUUUCCUUUUUCUCUUCUGCCUAACUUACUACUAAUGUGUGAAGGAAACAAAGUAUCAGUAAUGUAACAAAAUAUUUACAGUUGAUUUCACAAAAAGUUUGCCAAAAUGUUCCAAACUUCAUUCCAAAGUUUGCAAAUUGUUGUGAAGUUCAAGAGUUCAUAUUGGAUUUCAAAAGCUGGUUUGUGAACAAAGGUUGUGGUCUAUGAAUUAAAAGAAGCCAAUUGAAUGCUUAGUUUACUAACUGCUUUGUGAAUGUUAUUAUGAACUUUGGAACAAAAUUUUACGAACGUCGGAAGGAAUUUCUGAACAUUGCGGCAAUUUUGUGAAAUCAACUGUAAUGCUUCACAGGCAUUCUGCUUUGAGACAUAUCAGUCACCCUAGAUGAGAUGACUGAUUCAGAGAUUUUGGGUGCAAGCUCUUUGUCAUUAUUAAUUUUGGCAUUAAUAAUGCCAUAUGUCCUCGUUCUUAAAAUAUUAUGACAUUGUAUUCACUUCAAAAUACAUUUCAAAAAAUAUUUGUGUAAAAAAAUAUUGAUGGCACAACUACAGGGUUCCCAAAAGAAGUCAUCACCUGGCUGCAAUUUUCACUGUCUGUAAUAUAGAAAAUUGCUGGCUGUUUCUCAAAAUUUCAAAAUUAAGGUGUCUUGCUUUUAUAUCAUAAAUUUUAAUUAUACAAUUACUUUAUGGUUUCUGUGUUUGGAUGGCCUGAUCCAAACAUGCGGGAAUGUUGCGAGAGUUAAGAAAAGCGCGCGAAAGCACGAGCCGAAGGCGAGUGAUUUUGCGCGCUUUUCUUAACUCGAGCAACAUUCCCAAGUGUUUGGAUCAGGCCAUCCUAACAGGGAAACCAUAAAGUAAUUGUUUUAUAAAAUAACAACAACACGAUAGUCUUCCGUGUUUGGAUGGCCUGAUCCAAACAUGGGUUUCGACCAAUCAGAGCACGCGUUAUAUACAUGUUAUUUUAUAAAAUACAUUACUUUACAGGCUGCCUUCUUGGAAGAGAUUUUUCACAUUAGAACAUCUGAUCAAUACUUGGUGAUACUUGAUACCUGGUGACUUCUCCCAAUGGCUGGACGAGGCCAACAACAACAGCGAUCAAACGGUCCUCCGCAGGGAAAAAUAUGUCAGUUUAAAUUGGUAUUACUUGGUAAGUGUUUUUUACCCACUCAUAUUCUAUAUCUUUCAAUUGAAAAUUUCCUUUAACUCAUUUCCAUGGUUACUUAUUAUGGGUAGUUUUUGUGAAAUUUCGUGAGGACUUAAUACAUAUCAAAAUGUCAACUGAAUAUUUGUAAUCUUACUGUUUUAGGUGAAUCAGCUGUUGGAAAAUCUAGUCUGGUUCUGAGGUUCGUAAAAGGCCAGUUCCACGAGUUCCAAGAGAGUACUAUUGGAGGUAAUAUACUACCAAUUCAAAGCCUCCCUUGGUCCCCAGCUCAACAGGAUCCCCAAAGUGGCAAGGGCCUUUAAAAUUUCUUGAUAGAAGAAAAUCCUAGCUGUGUCAGAUAAAAGAGAGAUUCAGAUUUGACUUCGACCAUUAACCAAUCAGAUGUGUUUGAUAUAUCCAGUUAACCAAUCAGAUGUGUUUGAUAUAUCCAGUUAACCAAUCAGAUAUGUUUGAGUUAACCAAUCAGAUGUGUACUAAGCCAGUGAGAGGUAGUGGAAGUCAAAUCUAAAUCUCUCUAAUGUACAAUAAAGUAUUAUAUAUUGUAAAACACUGCUUUUCUCAUUUUACAAUUAUGAUGUGCAACCUCUCUGGCCCUGUAUGAUUAUUCAGCAUAAUUAGCAUUUUAAUAUAUAUUUUAGGGUGAUGCGGUUUUUCGGUAAACCGGAAAAAGCGAUUUUUUUUUAAAACCGAAUUACUCGAUGUUACUUUUGGAGAAAAACCGGAAAACCGGAAAAAACCAGGAAGAAACGAAAAAAACGAAGAAAAAUCGGUAUUUUACUAAAAUCGAACCAUACAGUUUCGCGCGAGCUUGAAGUCUUGAACUGAUAAGCGAUUAAGUGGAUCAAACGAUGGUGAAUUUUGAUUCGCUAGCAACAAAGGCGGACGUCUGCGAAGACAGGUCUAAAAUAUUCAUAUCGAACACGGCAUAGUUUCGAUUUUCGAUCGUAUUUUUUUAAAAAACCGGUUCACUCGGUUUUUUCGUUUUUUUUGGUCGGUUUUCGGUUUUUUGUAGAAACCGCCUCACCCUAAUAUAUUUAUAAUAUAUAAUAUAUUUUUCAAGCUAUUUUUCAUAAUUUCUAUUUUUGAUUAAUCGGUUCCAGAUUAAAAUGUUUGUUUUGUUAUUUUUAGCUGCCUUCUUAACACAGACAGUCUGCCUUGAUGAUACAACAGUCAAGUUUGAAAUUUGGGAUACUGCUGGACAAGAAAAUAUCCUUUUAUUUAUUUUUAUUAAAUCGUAAACAGUCACUUGUCGUAUGUCUUCUCUAUGCAGCUUUGUGAUAAUAAAUGUGUACGAGUAGUUGUUUUGUCCUUAACAGCUUUGUACGAUACCACAGUCUAGCACCAAUGUAUUACAGAGGAGCUCAAGCUGCUAUUGUUGUUUAUGAUAUCACUAACACAGUAAGAUAUUAUUAUUGUUAUAUAAUUGACAGAGCUAUCCAGCUCAUAGUUCAGAGCUACAGCAACGAAGUACUAUCGAUAAAACAUGUUUUGAAAAAUUUUGGUAAAAUGCAAGGGGGGGACCACAGGUACCCUGGGCUUAACAAAGGGGGAUCACAGGAAAUUUUUCAAAAAUUCAAAAACAUUGAAAAACCACCUCAAACUAGUCCAAACUUUCUGAAAGUUGUCGAAAACCUCCCCUGUCAUCAAAAAAAUUACUUAGCGGAGACGCUUAACUAUAUAUUAUGAAUAUUUUAGGACACAUUUUCUCGUGCUAAAACGUGGGUCAAGGAAUUGCAACGUCAAGCAAGUCCAAAUAUAGUAAUUGCGCUUGCAGGAAACAAAGCAGAUCUUGCUAAUAAAAGAGUAGUCGAAUAUGAGGUAAAUUUGAUUUGGAAUGAAUGUGAUGUAGCUUCACAUUGACCUGGUCAUCAAAUCCACAGACCGAUUACAGUAAUGGUUAUUCUUUCUUCUCAGGAUGCCCAAAGUUAUGCAGAUGACAAUGGACUUUUAUUUAUGGAAACCUCGGCAAAGACAGCAAUGAACGUCAAUGAGAUAUUCCUGGCCAUUGGUAAGUUCCACCAACUUCUGUUGAUCCUGGGACAAACAUUUCUCGUCGUCCAUUCAUCCUAUUAUUUUUCAAAUUGGAAUGACAAGUGUAGUUAUAUAGUAAACAUACAAAAUCUUUUUUUAUUGAAAUCGUGUCGGUGAAUUUUUUGUCGGUGUAUUAUGGCAGUUUAGAAUUUCGAUUUUGCUUGAACAAGGUAGGUUGUGCAUUUUUACAAAAAUUCAAAUAUUGAUAUUUUUGACAGUGUAACUUAAAACCCGAAUAAAAUGUCCAAAAAGUAAAGCUUGUUUUCGCGACAUUUCUAAUCUGAAUAGUAGGAAGCCUGCAAUGUUGCUCAAAUGCACCCGACUUUAUCAUUUUACUGUAACGCCAGAUUGUUGGGAGAGUCUUGUGUGGAUUAUUGGGUUAACCAAUGCUUCAAUUAUUUUAGCUAAAAAAUUACCCAAGACAGACCCGAAUGCAGGUGGACAAGGCGCGGGCCAACAACGCCCUAAAGGAAAUGUUGACCUCCAAGAACGAAACCAAGGUGGAUCCGGGGGGUGCUGUAAAUAA